AUGAAUCUCAGUAGGGCACUAGUAAUACCCCGCCAUUUUGGAAAAUGCGGUCAUCGUUUUCUGUCAGCCUUAGUAGUGGCUGAACACGACAAUUCAAAGAUAUCAAGUGCCACACUGUCAGCCAUUUCAGCAGCCUCAUUAAUUGGAGACGUUAGCUGCCUCGUUGCUGGAAAAAAAUGUGGUCCGAUUGCAGAAUAUGUGUCCUCUUUAGCGGGCGUUAAAAAAGUUAUGCUUGCUGAGAACGCCGUAUUUGAGCAUCCCAUUGCGGAGAACUACAGCCAACUUGUACUGGCCUGCCAGUCAUCUUUUGCUGCAACCCACAUUAUUGCAGGAACAUCGGCAUUUUCACGCAGUUUUAUGCCUAGGGUGGCUGUAACUCUUAACAGUUCACUCAUCAGCGACGUGCUUGCUGUUCUGAGUCCCGAUACGUUCCAACGACCGAUCUAUGCAGGCAAUGCGCUUGUGACCUUGCAGUCCUUGGUAAGUUCUCCUCCAAUUCGGCUGUGGUCUAUCGCUUCAUUUUUCUGCUUAGCUAUCGAAAUUACAAUGUUUCUUGUCCCUGAUAAAGUUCAUUGUCUUACUGUGCGUGAGACAUCCUUCGUCCCCGCUGAACCCAGCAACAACAAGGCUGUCAUCGAAGCCGUUGAUUAUGUCAUCGAAGAGUGUAACAAGGUUAAAUUUAUAAAACAAACUAUCGCCAAGAAGGACCGACCAGGACUGAACGAGGCCAAAAUCAUUAUCAGCGGCGGACGUGCUCUCAAGAGUAAGGAGAAUUUUCAGAGGUUUGCUUCAUUUUGUCCGCAACAUCUAGGUGACUUGGGAGCACGGGCUAUUUUGAUUGCGGAGGCCAUUACCAUGCUAGACCUGUGCAUUCUUGCCACGGAACUGCUCUACACACUGGCAGAUAAGCUUGGAGCCGCUGUCGGCGCUACACGGGCUGCCGUCGAUGCUGGGUUUGUUGACAACGAACUGCAGGUACGUCAGCCUAGGCGCUUUAUUUUGGUUAAUUGA